AUGUACUACCAAGACGGUAGAAGACGUGUCCCUACAAAUGUUCGACUUGGUGAAACUAUUUUUGACGAACCGGUGUCUGUUUCGUCGCAACAGGCCAAAGGGACGCGUUCUGAGGAGUAUUCCACGUUAUUGCCAGAUCAACUUAGUGACUCGGAUGAAAGUGACGGUGACGAGGACAGUGUCCCACUCCCAGUUUCGGUUGAUGUUCCACAAGAGCGGAAGCGCGAGCGUAGCCCUGCUACUGAAGUUGACGCUGAUCUGAUAUCGUUGAAACAGCUACGCACUUCGUACACGGUAACACGUCGAUGUUACGGAGUAUUGACCAUCUCAUUGCUCUACGGGAAUCAAACCUCUCGUCUAUUGGCAGCAGUGCCUUCAUCUCGUACGGAGGUUCGAGCACUGGUAAGGCCCAAUAUCAAUCAUCAUUUCCCCAGCGCGUGA